AAUGGAAAGCCCACCGCCAUAAAAUCCCGAAACUGCCCCUGCACUUUAGUCAAAUUCACUUGUGACAACUUACUUUCCAUUCCCAUGGCGAUGAAUUUCUUUCUUUCCUCCCCCAAAGAGAAACAGACAAGACAGACGGACGGACACGAAUAAUAAAACGUUAUCUUUCCAUCCAUCCAUCCAGCCAUCUAUCUAUCUAUCUAUCUAUCUUCGCUCUUGUUAUUAGGUCACGUCACAUGUGAACCCCAACACCAACGCCAGCAGGCUACACCUUGCUUUUGCCACCAACGAAGUUUAAUAUUUGUAUGGGCUACUUUUGGGUGGUGGAAUUUGGCACAGAAGAGUGAUGGGAACUGAACUCAUGAGAGUCUGUGCUAAAGCAGAGAACGAAGAGUUUCCUUCAGUUCCACCUGGUUUCGAGUCCUUCUCUUCUGUCCCAGCAAAGGGAGUAAAAGACGAGAUAAAGGAAGAGAUGAAGCAAGAGAGCGUGAGCUUGAUGAGUUGCUCAGUCCCGGCCAUUGCUUCUGAGCUUCCACCAGUGCAGAUAAAAAUGGAAGUCGAGCAUACUGAUACCAAAAGUGUUACAAGGUCACUAAGACGUAGAUCAUGGGUCAAGUAUAACCAGCGUGAUUGCAGUUCAGACGAUGAUUCCGACUGUGAGAAGAGUUUCUGUCCAAGGCCCCAGCUUCCUAAAGGAGUUAUCCGUGGGUGUUCAGACUGUAGUAACUGCCAAAAGGUUAUUGCACGAUGGCGUCCAGAAGAUGCUCAUCGGCCUGACCUGGAAGACGCUCCAGCUUUUUACCCAACUGAAGAGGAAUUUCAAGAUACUUUAAACUAUAUAGCAAGCAUACGCCCAAGAGCUGAACAAUAUGGAAUCUGUCGGAUUGUUCCUCCACCAUCCUGGAGACCUCCGUGCCCACUGAAGGAAAAGAAUAUAUGGGAGAAUUCACAUUUUGCAACUCGUGUCCAGAGGGUUGAUAAACUCCAAAAUCGAGAUUCUAUGAGAAAGAUGUCUCACAUUCAGGGCCAAAUGAGGAGGAAAAGGAGAAAAUGCAUGCGGAAUGGGGUGGAGUCAGUGAAUGGACAUGGGAAUAACUCAUGUCUUGGUGGAUCUGGAGUGUAUCCGAGUGAAUUUUUUGGCUUUGAACCAGGGCCUCAAUUUACCUUGGAUACAUUUGAAAAGUAUGCAAAUGAAUUCAAGGCCAUGUACUUCAGUCAGAACGAAAAUGGUAGUGAGAUAGGAGAUAAAGUAAGUCCACCACGAAAUAUUUCUGAACCAUCAUUGGAAGACAUUGAGGGCGAGUACUGGCGAAUGGUGGAGAAACCUACUGAGGAAAUUGAGGUUCUUUAUGGUGCUGAUCUGGAAACAGGAGUUUUUGGCAGUGGUUUUCCAAAGAUGUCAAGUGAUGCUAGUUCUGCUUCUGAAGGAUGUUACACGAGAUCAGGGUGGAACUUAAAUAACUUUCCUAGGCUUCCUGGCUCAGUACUUUCAUAUGAAACCGGUGAUAUAUCUGGUGUCCUGGUGCCUUGGUUGUACAUAGGGAUGUGCUUCUCCUCCUUUUGCUGGCAUGUUGAGGAUCAUCACUUGUAUUCACUAAACUACAUGCAUUGGGGCUCUCCAAAGUUAUGGUAUGGUGUCCCUGGAAUGGAUGCUGUUAAGUUGGAGAAGGCUAUGAAGAAGCAUUUACCGGAUCUUUUUGAAGAACAACCCGACUUGCUUCAUAAGCUGGUCACACAACUUUCCCCCUCAAUACUCAAGUCUGUGGGGGUUCCUGUAUAUCGCUGUAUUCAGAAGGCCGGAGAAUUUGUGCUGACCUUCCCUCGUGCAUAUCAUUCGGGUUUCAAUUCUGGCUUCAAUUGUGCAGAGGCUGUAAAUGUGGCACCUGUUGAUUGGUUGCCCCAUGGACAGAUUGCUGUGGAGUUAUACCGUGUUCAGGGAAGAAAGACUUCUGUUUCGCAUGACAAGUUGUUGCUUGGUGCUGCAAGAGAAGCAGUGAAAGCACAUUGGGAGAUUAAUUUACUGAAGAAAAACACUCCGGAUAACUUAAGGUGGAAUGAUGUCUGCGGGAAGGAUGGGAUCUUAAUGAAAACACUGAAGACACGUGUUGAGACGGAGAGAGCUAGGAGGGAGUCUAUCUGCAACAGUUCAAGGAUAAUGAAGAUGGAGAGCAACUUUGAUUCUGUUUGUGAGAGGGAGUGCAUCAUAUGUUUAUUUGAUCUGCAUCUUUCUGCUGUGGGUUGUCAUUGCUCUCCUGAUAGAUACGCCUGCUUAGAUCACGCAAAGCAGCUCUGUUCUUGUGCUUGGGGCUCCAAAUAUUUUUUAUUCCGUUAUGACAUUAAUGAACUAAAUAUUCUUGUGGAGGCACUGGAAGGAAAAUUGAGUGCUAUCUACCGAUGGGCAAGAUUUGAUCUCGGGCUUGCCCUGAGCUCCUACGUUUCAAAUCAAACUUCCGGAGUUACAGGUAAAAUCUCUCAUUCCACUGAAGGUACUGCACUGAUGGAGCCGAAACCUCAUUCCUCAGUUUCCUACAUAAAGGAUUUGCUUUUGAAGAAUCUAUCUAAGAAUACUGCGAGAUCUUCAACUUCUCAUGGCUCUGUUGAAGUUGAGACAUCCCAUCGGAGCUCUCAAUUAUUCAUAAAAGAAGAGUCUCGUGCUGAAACAUCUGCGUUUGAGGAUUCUGGAGCAAAGAAGCCUUUGACUGCUUCAGGACAGAAUGAAGUCAUUCUCUUGAGUGAUGAUGAAGAUGAAAAGCCUAAGGUAGAGAAGCAGGUUCUCAGUACGUUGAAAGGAACUUCUGUCGAAGAAAGAGGAAAAUCUUCGGAGAGAGUAGUUGGUUCUGAUAAUAGUGCCGCAACAUGCAACACAUCUGGAGAUGCAAUAUCAACUGCCUCUAUCUGUGAGAAAAAAUUGGCCGCAACUCAGGAGGAUGCAAAUUCAUUACCUGACACAGGAAAAAGUGUACCCUUAUCAAUUGAUGCUUCGGAAACUACAAAGAUUCAAGAUCUUUCUUUAGUUCCAGGAGAGGUUGAAGCUGAUACUUCGCCAAGUUCCCAUGGCACCGCUUGUUCUCGGGUGGACCUCGAGCAUUCUCUACCUUGUGGCAGUGAAAAGUUGAACAAUGAAGAAAGACGAGAAAAGUCUCGAACAAUUGGGAUGUCAAAUGCAGUGGACAGUGUAAGAAGUACUGCUGCAUGCUCGUCCACCAAUCAAAACAACCUGGACAAAUAUUUCCGUCAGAAGGGGCCCCGUAUCGCAAAGGUGGUACGAAGGAUCAACUGCAAUGUUGAGCCCUUGGAAUAUGGAUCAGUACUUGCUGGAAAAUCAUGGAGUAAUAGUCAAGUCAUAUUUCCGAAAGGGUUUAGAAGCCGGGUCAGAUACUUUAGCAUACUAGAGCCAACAAGUAUGUGCUACUAUGUCUCGGAAAUCUUGGAUGCUGGGGAAGCUGGACCAUUGUUUAAGGUUUCUGUGGAACAUAACCUGAGUGAGCUGUUUAUUCACAUUUCCCCCACCAAGUGCUGGGAAAUGGUGAGAGAGAGAGUAAAUCAGGAGAUCACAAAGCACCAUAGAAUGGGGAAGUCGAAUCUUCCCCCUCUGCAGCCUCCCGGGAGUCUUGAUGGGUUUGAAAUGUUCGGGUUUUCUUCGCCAGCAGUUGUGCAGGCCAUAGAAGCAUUGGACCGAAACAGGGUGUGCACCAAUUACUGGGAUUCCCGGCCCUAUUCUCGGCCCCAAGUUCAAAUUCCACGGCCAGACCACGCCCAGAACAUCAACAUAACGGACAAUACUUUCCAGGACAAUUUAAAGGAAACACGGGACAAUGUCUUGCCCGGUGAGGCCAAUUCAGUACUUAAAGGCCUCCUCAAGAAGGCAGACUUGGAAGAGUUGCGAGCACUACAUAGCAUCCUGAUGCAGAAUAGCUCAAGCAUAGACCGAAGCUUGGUUGCUAAACUCCUCACUGAGGAAAUCCUCAAACGGCCCCGAUGAAUUGCAGCGUUCAGGAAUUUGAAACCCGAGCCACAGGUUGAGUUUCUGACUUUUGUACAUAACACCUCCUGCCCAAGUUUCAUCUGCAAAUUAUACGGUUCUUCUUCAACCGUUCCCCGGGUGAGGAGAGGAGAAAGAAGCGGGAAAUGCAGACGGGUAUGCAGAAAUUUUCGUUGUUCUGUGUCGGGUAUUCGUUGUCACGAAGAAACGGGAAUUUUUUUUUUUUUUUUCUAGGCCUAGCAAUCUUCACGAUGAAGGUUUUCUUUUUCUCAAUUAAUCCGAAGCUGUGAACCAAAACUGGGUAGGCUAGUCUUGUUCGCAGUGUCGAUGGCCUUCCAUCGGGUUGACAACCCAAUUUUUGUCAUUUGACCGGAAAUGAUUCAAUUUUUAACUCGAAAAUUUCGUGAUCAGUGAAGUUUUAACU